CUAGAGGCAUUAAGGUACAAUCCCUGGUGGCUGUGGUAGCUUGGCUGGUUAAGGGCCGGCCUUGCAGUCCCGUAUCGUACCAUCUAUCCGUGCACCACGGCUGUCAGGGCGCCGGUAUGAGGUAGCAGGUACCUGAACGCCUUCUUAAGGUACACCACAUGUAACGUGCGUUACCGCGGAGCCUGUCAACGUAAAUAACUCAACAUCGGUUCGUUAGGAGAGUAAUCAUCACAGGUAGAUGCAAAGCAGCCAUUCUAGCGUUCAAGGCGUCAGAUAUAGGGAUCUAACAGGACAGGAGAGAUGACAGCUGUGGGCAGGAUGUCAGCCGUGUGUGCGGGAGCCGUGGUUACCGUUAUCCUGCUAGCUAUGAUGGCCGUGCCAGGUGAGGCUAGGAAGUGCUACAUGUGCGUGGGCCUGGGCGGUCCCGAGAUCAAGCAUUCCACGCCUUGUUCCUACAACUACGCGCUUCUGGGAUUACAGGACUGUCCUGACGGACAUGACUUCUGCUAUGUCCUACAGAGCACGCCAAGGGACUCAAGCAUUCCCCAUGCUGUGGACAGAGGCUGCGCAAAAGAAGCGAAGACAUCGUACUGUGUGAACGAAGGUUCGGCCCGGCAUUGUUACUCCUGGUGUGGCGCGGACGGCUGCAACUCCGCCGCAGGAAUCAAACCCGGGACUCUCAGUAUCACCAUAUGUCUGAUUGUAGCCACCAUCUGCAUGUGGAUACGAGCAUAAUUCGUCCAGAUGCCCACCCUCUGGUAGAUGUAAUGAUAAAGACGAUAGAUCUAUAGCAUGAGCUUUUUAUUGAACAUGACCAGAAGUGCACAUAUGUUAUAUAGUGAUUUGUAUAGAUUAUGAAGGCAUGAGAUAUUGUAUUGAUAUUCGUGUGAGAGAAACUAACUGAGGUUUAAUUAAACGCUAUACUACAUGUAGAUGGUACACAGCAAUACCCGUAGAACCGAACCAAAAUCUAGCAUGUACUAAUGGACAAUAUAUCAGGAAUAAGACUACACAGUGUUAAGAAUCCUCACAACAUCAAUUAUGAUAAAUGCUUAUAUAUAUUGCUAGUAAUAGAUAGGCUGUAGAUAGGGUGGUAGACAGCAGAAGUUCUAUAAUAUGAGUAGUUGUUCUGCGCCUGUUUUGUGUUACCAGUUUUAGUUGUCAAAUAUUAGUGUAAGCACAACUGUCAGAAGUGACCAGUGUUAUAGACUUAAACGUCAAAAAUACUAUGUGCCCUAUAAACACCUGCAAAAGACAUAUUUCGUAAAAAUCAUGCCUAGGAACUAUAUAUGUAGAGGAGAAUCACUCACCUAUCGUUACUGUGUAUUGUCAUUGGGAUGAUUUACAAAACUACGAUUUCAAACAACGAAAUCGUACUUCUUGAUCAGCCAAAAUGUUUCUGCCGGUAGUUUGGCUCACUGCCUUAACCUUCUAAAGAAGCCUGGGAUUUGUUCAUAAUUUCACAUGCCACGGUGGCAACAUCAUCCAACAAUGAUGAGCUGAAUCAUAACAAAGUGCCUCCUGGCGAUUCGCGGCGUCAUAGCAUGGCGCUACUAGGACAGAAGAAGCAUCCAAUCAUCAGUUUGCACAAUUGUUGGCAUCGCGUUGAAUAUCGUGAUCAAGGCACAAGUUUUUGCUACAAAGUAACCAUGUCUUCUUAGGUCUAGCAUCAUGUUGUUGUUGUUUUCGAAUAAAGAAGCUGUCCAAAGUUGAAA